AUGUAUCGAAACCUUUACGACACAGACAAUAUUAUUUACUCUCCGGAAGGGAGGCUGUAUCAAGUCGAAUACGCAAAUGAAGCUAUAAAACAGGGUACCUGUGCCGUGGCUAUAAAGUCCAAGGAUUUUGUGGUCGUUUGUGGACUAAAGAAGCGCAUAAGCAAGUUAUCGUUCCACCAAGAGAAACUGUUCAAAAUCGAUGACUACAUCGGUGUGACGAUGAGUGGCAUAACAUCUGACGCAAAGGUUUUGACGAAGUACAUGCGAAACGAAUGUCUGUCCCAUAAGUUUCUAUUUGAUGAAAAUAUAAAUAUAGAAAAAUUAGUGAAAAAGGUGGCAGAUAAGUAUCAACAGAAUACUCAAAAGAGUAGUAGAAGGGCAUUUGGUGUAGGGUUAAUAGUAGCUGGGUAUUCUAAAGAGCCGCACAUUUUUGAAACGAAGCCAAAUGGUUCAUAUUUUGAAUACACUGCUUUAUCGUUUGGUGCUAGAUCUCAUGCAUCGAAAACUUAUCUAGAAAAAAAUGUACAUUUAUUUGAAAAUUCAUCGUUGGAGGAGCUUACUCUUCAUUGCUUAAAGGCCUUAAAAUGUUCUCUUUCAAGUGAAAAUGAGUUAACCGCAGAAAAUACAUCGCUAGCUAUUGUUGGUAAGGAUAAGCCUUGGCAAGAAGCUACCACUGUAGAUUUAGUGGAACUUCUAAUAAGGGUAAACGCAGAACAACGAACUGAAAAUCCUGAGACGGACAUUCAAAAUGAGGGAAUGCCUACAAAUGGAGUAGAUGCAUCAAAUCCGCAGGGCGAUCAAAUAGAAUGA